AUGACUGAAGGAACAAACAAACGUACAACAAAUACCGAUGAUGAUUCAUCAUUGUCAAAUCGUUUGACACGUACAACUAUACGCGAAGCAAAUAAUCAUUUACAAAUGUUGUAUGAACGUAAUCAAGAAUUAGAACAAAUAAUUAAUGAACAAAAUCACGAACUACAUAGAAAAGAUUCUGAAUAUCAAAAAUUAUUGAAAUCAAAUCAAUUACUUGAGCGACAUUGUCAACAAUUACAAGCUUUACUUGAGGAUCGAACUCGACGAUUAUAUGUGUAUGAGCGAAAAGAAGUACUCUUUCGUGAAACUCUUGAAUUAAAACCAGCUAUCGAAUCACUACUUGACGUUUUGAAUACAUUCGAACAAAUAGAUAGUGCAUCAUCACUGCCAUCCAUUCCAAUUAAUUUCAAACCACUUCAAUUUGUACCACCAUCUAAUAAAAAGAACGAUAAUAAUGUUCAUCAUCAAAUCGAUACACUUUAA